UGCUGGUCGUGCCGUGUAAAGAAAGAAAGAAAGAAAGCGAAAGAAAUAAAAAGUGAAUCUGAUCUCGAAAGUGUAUCUCCAUCUUCGCCGCAUCCCUGGUGACGACGUUCAACUGCGAGAAAGCCGGCCACCAGAAAUUGUCGACGAAGAAAGAAGACUUAUCUGCAACGCAGCCGUGGGCGUGAAGGCCUUUUUCGACAUGAUGCACAGCGGUCCACACAAAGUCAUGCUGUUCGGAGCGGCCUGCACGCAAGUCACCGAUCCCAUCGCCAAGGCCUCGAAACACUGGCGUCUCACUCAGUUGAGCUACGCGGACACGCAUCCCAUGUUCACCAGCGACAGCUUUCCGAAUUUCUUUCGCAUCGUGCCGUCGGAGAACGCCUUCAACGCGCCGCGCUUCGCCCUGCUGGCGCAGUUCAAUUGGACGAGGGUCGGCACGAUUUAUCAGAACGAGCCCCGCUACGCAUUGGCGCACAACAGACUCGUAUCCGAUCUCGAUCAGAAUCACAUCGAAGUAGUCGAGAGCCAGAGCUUCGCCACGGAAGUUACAACGGCCUUAGAAAAGCUCAAGGGUAAGGACGUUCGGAUAAUCCUGGGAAAUUUCAACGAAGUGUGGGCCAGAAAAAUUUUCUGCGAGGCUCAUAGGUUAAACAUGUUUGGACGAAAGUAUCAGUGGGUCAUAGUUGGCAUGUACACGGAGGAAUGGUGGCUGCGUCCCGACGUCUCCUGCGCCCCCCUCGAGCUUCAAGAGGCCCUGCACGGCACCAUACUCACCGACUUGCUUCCCCUCUCGACCGAGCAACAGAUCACCGUAUCCGGCAUUACGCCGGACGAGUAUUUGGUGGAAUACGAUCAGAAGCGGGGCACGGAGUACUCGAGAUUUCACGGCUACACGUACGACGGCAUCUGGGCGGUGGCCCUCGCGGUGCAGCACGUGGCCCGUCACAUCAGGCACUUUCGGCGCAAUCAGACCGUCGCGGACUUUCGCUAUCGGGACGAGCUCUGGGAGAAGCUCUUCCUCGAGGCGCUGAGAAACACGAGCUUCGAGGGUGUCACCGGUCCAGUAAGAUUUUACGAUAACGAGAGGAAGGCUUACAUUCUGCUGAAGCAAUUUCAAAGUGGAAGCGAGGUGAAAGUCGGCGAGUACGACACGAUAACCGGCACUCUGGAUCUCACGAGGGGACAGCCGCUGAUCUGGAGAGGCAAGUCGCCGCCCAAGGACCGGACCGUGCACAUAAUCGAGCUUUCCACGGUCAAUUUGACCAUUUACAUGGUGCUGGCCUCGGUGGCGAGCGUCGGCAUUGUCAUGGCCGCCAUCUUCCUCGCCAUCAAUAUCAAGUACAGGAAUCAGAGGUACAUAAAAAUGUCGUCGCCGUACCUGAACAACCUCAUCAUCAUCGGCUGCAUGUUCACCUACAGCAGCGUGAUCGUGCUGGGCCUCGACUCGACCCUGUCGAGCGUCAACGCCUUCCCGGUGAUCUGCACGGCGCGCGCCUGGCUACUCAUGGCCGGUUUCUCGCUGGCCUUCGGCUCGAUGUUCUCCAAGACCUGGCGCGUCCACUCCAUCUUCACGGACGUCAAGCUCAACAAGAAGGUGAUCAAGGACUAUCAGCUGUACUUCGUCGUGGGCGUGCUCGUGCUCAUCGACAUCACCAUCAUGUCGACCUGGCAGGCCUCCGAUCCGUUUUAUCGCGAGACCAAGCAGAUGGAGCCAUACCCGCAUCCCUCGAGCGAAGACAUAAUCAUAUUGCCGGAAAACGAGUAUUGUCAGAGCAAUAGGAUGUCAGUUUAUUUAGGAAGUAUAUACGCUUAUAAGGGUCUUUUAAUGAUAUUUGGCGCUUUUCUCGCUUGGGAGACGAGACACGUGAGCAUACCCGCCCUCAACGACAGCAAGUACGUCGGCAUGAGCGUGUACAACGUCGUGAUAAUGUGCGUCACCGGCGCAGCCAUAAGCAUCGUCCUGGCCGACAAGCAGGACGCCAUGUUCAUCAUGCUGUCGGUCUUUAUCAUAUUUUGCAGCACCGCCACCCUGUGCCUCGUUUUUGUGCCCAAGCUGAUAGAGCUGAGAAGAAACCCGCAGGGACAAAUAGACAAGAGAUUCCGACCGACUCUCAGGCCAAUGUCGAAGGCGCGCCGAGACUCGACCGUGAGCGAGAUGGAGGAGCGCCUCAGAGACGUACAAACUGCCAAUCAAAAAUUUAGAAAGCAGCUCCACGAGAAGGAGUCCGAGCUGCAGAUGUAUUUAAGAAGACUAGGGGACGACGGCGUAGCGGAUACACAAGCUGCCAUGGAUCGCCUCGCUGUCCCCAGACACGAGUCGUCCAUUAAGAGAGAAGGGCCAUCGGUAACGACCGAGACGACGGACGUUUCCAUGUCCAUGUGCAGUUUGACGUCGCAGGCCAACGUGUCCCAGCUCGAGGGGGAUUACGUGAACGUAAGCUCAUUAGAGCAGCAGCAACAGGCAAGCAAAAAAAAGACAUCGUUCUCGACGACGAUCGUCACUACCGAGAUGGAGAGGCCGCUGAGCUCGACGACGACGGGCGGUGGCGGUGCGCUGCCGUCGGCGCUCAAGCACUCGACCAGUCAGGACUGCCGGCGGAGAGCUCGCAUAGCCGGUGACGACUCCGCGACGACCACGACGUUAACGACAUCGGCCCUGGUGAAACCGUUGAACGGCCGACCGAGCCACAUCGACUACGUCGAGGAGUCGCACUCGAACGAGGACGACGCGGCGACGACGACGCCGAGGCAGCAGCGCCGGGGCAGACUGCCCACGCCGCCGCCCCACAAGAACGUCUCGUUCGGCGAGCAGAACAACAUACUGCCGCCACCGGUGCAGUUCGUCCCCACGACCAGCACCAUGAGCAAACAACACAGGCACUCGGUGACGACGACGUCGAUAGCGCCGCAAUCGUCGCUGAAGCGUCGCUCGUCGGUCAAGAGCGGCGAGCUGCCGCACUCGCAGCACGAGCUGUUCGAGCGUCGCAGGCCGAGCGUCCCGGUGAACAGCGCCAACGCCAUUAGCUACAUAUCGACGGAGAACGUGGCGCGUCUGGACGCGGAGCACCUGCAGCAGGGCCCGAGCGGCGGUGGUGGCCUCGGCUACGUGAUCGGCGAGUGCGGACAUCGUCGGGCUCUGAGCGGCUCGCAGAGCAUCGCCGCCGCUGCAGCCGCAGCGGCCGGCUAUCGAUGCGAGAAACACGGCGGUCUACCCAGAGGAGGAGGAGGUGCUGGUGGUGGUACACCGGGCCGAGGACACGGUCCAGCGGCGCUGCUCAACGGCUCGUCGAUCGAGGCGCUCGGACACAAGAGGCACAAGCAGCAGCCACAGCUGAUGUCCAGCAGCGGCGGUGGCCACUACUCGGAGGCGCCGUCGUACAACGCGAGCUCGCCCAGCGUGCCAGGUCUGCUCAGCGCCACUUACUCGGAUACCGAUAAAUUCGAGGAGUCGCUGAUGCAGCGAUCGGUCUCGGAGCGGGUCCGCGACAAGCCGGUGGGAGGAUCCAAGAGCUCGACGACGCAGACGCAAACGACGACGGCGACGACGGGCGCCGCUGGCCGGCACAUACACACCGUGUCCGAGUGCCCGCACCGAGCCGCGCGCCACCAGCGCGAGUGCGCCCGGCACGCGCCCCUCGAGGCCAAGCUGCGCCAGCAGUCCAGCCGCCUCGAGUACGUGCAGAGCACGCCCAACGUCGCCACGAUACACAACAGCAAGUUCGCCAGCGGCGGCAGUGCCAAUCCCCGGGCGAGCGUCCAGCAGCAGCAGGCCCAGAAGCAGCUGCAGUCGGCCAGCAGCAAGAUGUCGAGCGCCGUCUCGGACGGCGAGCUGCUCGACGUCGCCAUACUGCCCAUCUUUCAGAAGCUGCUGACGGAGCGACACAAGAGCGGCACGAGCCAGAGCCGCUACGGGGCCAGCAUCGCCAGCUGUCCCAAUAUAUCCAUCAAGUGCGACAUCGUCGAGUACCUCUAACCCGCGACGGCUGCUGCUCUCGUAUUACUGGCGGCUUCCGUCGUAUCGUCCUUUUUAUUAUCUAAUUUCCUAGUGGCUAUCGUAACGCUACUCGGCCGAUCGUCGUCGUCGCACCCGACUGUGCGCCUAAAUCGACGUCUAUUCAUCCUAUAGCUAUAGAUAUAAUUUACUCGCGCACUCACCACACACACACACACACCGAUUCACACACACACUUUACACGCGCAUAUGACAUUCUGAUAUAAAUAAUUAUCACACUCGACAAGCCACACACACACACUCACACACACAAGUAAGUUUUGUAUUAUAUAUGAUAUAAAGAAUUAAACUCAAUGAAAAGUAUCAAAUUAGUGACUUGAACAAAUGAAGAAAUCGACUGUCCGCGCGUGAACGUGGAACGUGUCGCGAGUACUUAUAAAUAUUAAAACAGACGUAAGUUACGUAUACAUAAUAAACACACAUGAUUACUAAAACGAUGUACGUGUGUUUUAUAAUGGGGUGUCGGUGCCAAUACACGGCCACUUGAGUUCGUCUCGUCGAUGUAUAAGCUCGAAUCAACCUCGACUCCGUCUAAAUUCGCCGAAUAAUUGAAAUUACAUUUCGCCAAUAUUCAGUCACUUUUGGAUAGAUUUUGCCAUUGAUAAAAAAAAAAAAACACUUUGAAGUGUGUAACUGCUGAAUGCUCAAGUUGACGAUAUUAUUUCAAUAAUUUGGAAAGAAAGUGGCCGGGUAGUAGUACAGUAUCCCUAUAAUCACACACACUGAAAUGGACGCUUUUAUAAUAAUGAUGAUUACAUAUGAGAUAAGAUGAAAAAAUAUCCCCCCCCCCAUGUAAGUAUGAAAACAAACGUUAUUGUAACACUUAUUCAUCAUCGUAAAAGAGUUAUUUUAAGUUGUUACAUUUGUCGGACGUCAAACGAAAGAAUCUAUGUAUAAAAUAUAUAUAUAUAUUAAUGAUAUUGAAUCUGAAACACACACUCUGUAGUUUGAAAAACGAUUUCAGGCCUAUACCGCGCUAGUAGGCGUAAAAGGAUUAUUACAACUUCGAGCAUAAUCUAGAUUAUAAAUAUUUAUUGUACUUAUCGACAGAAAAAAAAACAAUUACGGAUGUACACGUGAUGCAAACGACAAAAAUGGAAAGACUUUCUCGAGAAAAAAUUUUUAAUGUGUCAAUUAUUUCUCACUCUACUGUUACAAAAUAUUAUAGAAGUGUAAGUGUGGCGUAUCGAGUUUGUCCAAUCGAGAUAGCAAGGCGGAUUAUUUCAGCGAAAUGUUAUGAAUAUAAAGCAUGUUAAGUUAUAGGUAUGCAAUUAAUUAAUGAUGUUGUAUUGAUUAUUCGUUACAUACCAAAAUAGUUAUGUACAUCGUGACCAUGACACGUAUAUAUUAUUAUCAUCGAGUAUUAUUGAUUGUUUGAUAAAUUUAUUACUUUAAAACUUGUUAUAUGUGACCUGUAUUGAAAAUUGUUAUGUUUGUUACAUAAAAAAGAAACUAUUAAUCAGCAUUGAAAAGGUGCUUUGCCUCGUAGUAAUAUAAUAACGUUGACGAUCCAUAACAGAAUUGCGUUUAUACUUAUGGUUGUUUAAUUUGUCACUAAAGCUUAUACAAUUCGAAAUAGCUGCACGGAAAAGUUUUAAAAAGUCAUCGUUUUAGCUAUGGUUUCGUGAAUUAUACGCGCAAUCUCACGUGCUUUCGCGUGAAGGAAAUAUCGUUCCGGCUGCCGAAUAAUGUAACUUAUAUUUACACUCCAUUAAAUUCGUUCGGCAUUGCACUUGAAUAAAUUUCCUCGUUAAAAAUGAAUUUAACGACGUUUUACGAUGACACGACUAGGUGACAGAGAAGAUCAAAAGGAGAGCGAACUUCCCGACUCAAGAACUGUUUAUAAUAGAACAAAACCGACUCAAGAACUGUUUAUAAUAGAACAAAAUAUAUACAUCUAUCGUACAAUCUCUAUCGACUAUGAACUACUUAAAAGGUAGUUAGUUAAUUAAACUCGCGAAACAAAUAAACAAACAAGGUAAAAUUAAGAAGUAUUAUUAAUUAGCGCAUACACUCAGCGUAUGAAGUAUGAAAGGUUAAAGGUCGAAUUAUUAUUGAUGUGUAAAAAUAAAAUAUGAUAAAGCACACACACUGCUGUUGUUGGUUCAUUUGUAACAAAAACGAAAAAGUUACAACGGCACAAAGUAUUAAGUUGAAAGAUAGACUUAGCCUUAGUAAAAAAAAAAAAAUACGUGUACUUGAACGACA